GGGCUAGAAUCUGCAGGUCUAUUAUGGGCUGGACUAUGCAGGUCCUUUAAAUUUUAUCAAAUUUUUCCUGGUCAAUGCAUCUUCUGGCUCUCAUGCAUACGGUGCUGAAGCAAAUGCAUCUUCUGCAUCGAAUGUUGACGAGCUUCAUCAAGAAAUCUCAGUUCGUUCAGCAGUAGUCAUAAUUCCAUUGAUUAUUGUGUGGACACACACACACAUAUUCCUUGGAGUAUUUUCAAGAAAAUCCAAAGAGGAGGUACAAGAGAAGAAGAUGUUGCUGGAAAAGCUACAAGUCAGAAUGAAUGAAGCAGAAGCAAAGGCCAAGAAGCUUAAAGUGUCAUUCGAGAAUCUUCUCAAAAAUAAACCCGAGGGAGUAAUUUCAAAAUAAAUGUGAACAAGUUGACAUCUGCUGGGUGUAGAGUGAAAAUAUGGAUUGUAGAUUGGUUUGCCCAGCUAACCAAUAAGAUGGGAGGUCAGUUGAAGAAAAUUGAUGUUGUUGGGCGCUACCUCAUUCAGAUUUGGAAGGCCGUUGGGAUGGAUAUUGAUGGAGGGAAGGUGGAGUUUCUGCGGUCGUCGAACGAGAUAAACCGAAUCAAGCUCAUGAGUACUAGCCUCUUGUGAUGGAUAUAGCACAAAGGAAUACGGUUUCAAGGAUAAAAACAUGAAUUAUGGUGUGGUCACAUUAUGGGUCGAAGUGAUGAGGACGAGUUCACUGCAGCACAAAUUUUCUACCCACGCAUGCAAUGUGCUUAUGUGUGGUCUUUAUUUGUUUUGCUUACUGGUAAUUUACAAACAUGUUAACCAGUUUACAACAAGGUCAGGAGAAGAUGUCGAAAAGUGAUCCACUAUGUUCAACUUUUAUGGAAGAUGACGAGGCAAAAGUAAAUUUGAAGAUAAAGAGAGCAUACUGUCCUCCAGAUAUUGUGGAAGGGAAUCCAUGCUUGGAGUAUGUGAAGUACCUCAUUUUACCUUGGUUUAAAAAGUUUGUAGUAGAGCGCAGUGCAAAGAAUGGUGGUGACAAUUUUCUCUACAAUCCAAGAGCUUCGAAAGCUUUGAAGAAUUGGUUGCUUACUAUGAAAGUGAAAAGCUACAUCGAGCUGAUAUUAAACCAGCCUUGGCAAAGGCUUUCAAUAAAAUACUAGAGACACAGAUAUCACUGUUAUAUCAAACCUCUUGAAGCAUUGGAAGGUGAAGAGUCCAGGAAAAGAAGGCAGACCGCUUCUUCAUCAUGCAGGGCUUGUUCAAGCUUUAUCAGAUCAUGUUCUGCUUUUUCCUACUUUCAAUUUCCCAUCGUCUGAUUGAGCUCUAACAUAUUAUUAUGGAAGAAAAAUUACUGUAUAAUUGGAAUUAUUUAUAAUAAAAACAAAAUAUGAAAUGUAAAAACCUUGUUAGUAUACCACAUAGAUUCUCCAAUGACACUUUAAGCUUGUUGGCCUUUGCUUCUGCUUCAUUCAUUCUGACUUGUAGCUUUUCUAGCAACAUCUUCUCUUGUACCUCCUCUGUGGAUUUUCUAGAAAAUACUCCAAGGAAUAUGUGUGUGUGUCCACACAAUAAUCAAUGGAAUUAUGACUACUGCUGAACGAACUGAGAUUUCUUGAUGAAGCUUGUCAACAUUCGAUGCAGAAGAUGCAUUUGCUUCAGCACCGUAUGCAUGAGCGCCAGAACAUGCAUCGACCAGGGAAAAAUUGAUAAAGACAUAAAUAAGGAAACUCGUUAUCGACAACGCUAUUUAGAUUUGAUGUUGAAUAUGGAGGUUCGACAAAUUUUUGAGACAAGAACUCGGAUCAUUAAAUAUAUUCGGCACUUUCUUCACAAUCUUGAUUUCUUGGAGGUUGAAACACCAAUGAUGAAUACAAUUGCUGGUGGAGCAGCUGCCCGUCCGUUUAUGACCCAUCACAAUGACCUGAACAUGAAGCUAUUCAUGCGCAUUGCGGCUGAGCUCUAUCUGAAGCAGCUUGUUGUUGAUGGAUUGGACCGUGUUUAUGAGAUUGGAAAGCAGUUUAGAAAUGAGGGCAUCGAUUUGACACAUAAUCCUGAGUUCACCACCUGUGAGUUCUAUAUGGCUUAUGCUGACUACAAUGACUUGAUGGAACUCACCGAGACAAUGUUGAGUGGCAACAUGACAGGCUGUCCAAGGUCAUGAGUGCUUUUGCCUACAAAGAAAAGGUUCCUUCACAUUUAACAGGAGAAUGUUAGAGUCUCCCUCAUUUUGUCUCUUGGAGUAGGCCAGCAUAUUGAAGCUCAAGCAACAGACAUGAUUAACUCUAGUAGGUGUUCUAGAUCUCCGCAACCGCAGAGUGUCCUCUUUUUGUUCAAUUUAAGGAAAUUGAGGCAAUUAUAAAACAAAAGUAUCUGCUUCAAAAGAUUGUAUUUUUGAAUAUUUGAUACCAGCCUUGUUACCAUGCUGAAGGUGUCAUUAUUUUUAAUGUUUUGUUUAUAGAAUCUUUAUUAGUCAGGAAGAAUGAUGUUGAAUGAAACAAAACAGAUUACUACCUCGA